CCUAAAUUUAGAAUAAAAAAAAUAUAAUUUGCUUUCUUUCCGAUCUCGUAUCUCACAACUCUCCAUCUCUGCACCACCACAUCAAAAAGUAGACACUCUUCCUGCCUCACGAGAGUACUACUCAGCCGGCAGUCUCACCGGCGCCGCUGGUAAGCUCUCACGCUACCUUGCGGGCGGCACCGCUGCGAACUCGAGGUCCAUCGUUCACGGUCAGUCGCCUCCGCGUGCGGCCGUCUGCUGUGUUGCUGUCUGGUAGAAUUGCCAAAUGGAGGAUAGUCGAGACCUUGAGGGCAAACUAUCUGAAGCAAAUCCUGUCAAUGCAUCUCAACAAAAGGAGGAAUUGCUUGAUGAAAUGCUAUCUAGGCACAGAAAAGAGAAAUUAGAGCUGCAAAAGAAGGAGAUUGAACUGAAAAAGGCUGCAGCCAAGGGAAGCAAGGCUGAACAGAAGGCUAAGAAGAAGCGAGUAGAGGAAGAGAUCUCUCAGCUCUCUGCCAAGCUUAAAGAAAAACAUGCUGAGGAGCUUUCUUCUGUUGGUUAUAGCAACAGUAAUGAAAAUGAGGAAGGCAAUAUGGACAGCUUGGUGAAGGCCAUAGCUGGGAUUUCCACUACCAGCCAAUCUGACCAAUCAAAGCCCAGCAAGAGUGCCAAGAGGCGUGAAAAAAGAGCCCAGCAAGAAGCAGCAAGAGAGCAAAGAAUUCAAGAAGAACAGAGCAACAUUGUGAGUGAUCGAACAGUUGAAAAUGAAAAGCUGGAGAAAAAGCUUCAACCUCUUGGAUUAACCAUUAAUGAAAUAAAGCCAGAUGGGCACUGCCUGUACCGAGCUGUUGAAGAUCAGCUUGCUCAUCUCUCUGGUGGUUCUUCUCCUUACACUUACCAAGAGCUCCGGGAAAUGGUAGCUGAUUACAUGAGGACACAUACUUCUGAUUUCCUCCCUUUUUUCCUCUCUGAGAACACAAUAGGAGGUGAUUCUGAUGGUUCACUAGCAGAUAGAUUUGAGAAAUAUUGUAAAGAAAUUGAGUCAACAGCGGCAUGGGGUGGACAGUUGGAGCUCGGGGCAUUAACUCACUGCCUGAGGAAGCAUAUCAUGAUAUUUUCUGGUUCCUUCCCAGAUGUUGAGAUGGGGAAGGAGUAUAGAUCUGAUGGUGGGUCUAGCUCGAGUAUCAUCUUAUCGACCAUAUGCAUGCAUUUGGNUUUGAUCCGAUAGGUAUUCUUGCCAGCACAUCAUCUGUGAAAAAGUUUCCAUUGGCUUACUAAAUUUGUGGAUUUAUCUUGUCUUCAAUAGAAAGAAACGCCUUUUGAGUUCUAGAUAAUAUCUGUUGUGACUUAGGAUGAUUGAUGCAUGAUUAUUUGUGAUAUGACAUAUAGAUUAUUGUUGCACCAAAGGCACAAAGCUGUCGUAAAUUAGUUCUGAAGGAUUUUGAUUUCUGUUACCGCUGAUCUAUGUAUGCUCAACUUUAAACCUACUGUACGAAGCUGCAAUAAAUUGUUACUCUGAUUUAGUUAA